AUGACAAAAAACAGGACAUUUGCCGACAACUAUCUCUAUGGUAUUGUUACAACUGAUUUCGCAAGGCUGUACACCAUUGAAUUAAUCGAAGAUGCUCUAAAAGAGGAUCUAAAAGAGGAUCCAAAAGAAUAUUACGCAUUGCGUAAGAGUGUGAAAAAGAUAUUGGAUUAUCAUGGAUUUGUUAAAGAAUAG